GCGGAGGCGCACCAGAAGGAGGCGGUCUGGGCGUGCGGCAUUCUCAGCCUCGUCUCGCGGGCGCGAGACAGGCUGGAGGCCCUGGAGGCGGCGUCGGACCCCGCCGCAGUGGCCGCGGAGGUGGCCGCGCGGCAGGCCGCCAGGCGCAUGCAGCCCGGGCAGCUCUCCUCGCUGCAGCGCCAGUUCCUGCGCGCGCACGACGGGGACACGCUCGCCCUCGUCUGGUGGCACUGGCGUUCGGCGCUGCAGGCCACCAUGGCCGAGAAGCGGGCUGCGGCUGCCGCGGAGGCCAGCCGCGCGGCAGACGCGAGCCUGGCGACGCUGCGCGACGACCUGGAGCGCGCCAAGGCCGACGCCACGCUGCAGCGAGGCAGAGCGGAGGGCGUCGAGGACCGCCUCGCGCAGGAGAUGCAGCGCGUCGCCGCGGGGAAGCAGGAGCUCGAGUCCCUGCGAAACGCCACGGCCGCCGCCGCCAGCCGCAAGGCGUCAGAGCAUGCUCAGGAGCUCGAGUCCCUGCGCGGCGAGGCGGCGGCCGCCGCCAGCCGCAGGUCUGCUGAGGUGCAGGAGCUGGAGUCCCUGCGCAGCGAGGCGGCCGCCGCCGCCGCCCGCAGGCCCGCCGAGGAGCAGGAGCUCGAGGCCCUGCGCGGCGAGGCGGCGGCCGCGGCCGCCGCCGCCCGCCGGUCCGCCGAGGAGCAGGCUCGCGCGGUGCAGGAGCUCGAGUCCCUGCGCAGCGAGGUUGCCGCCGCCGCCAGCCGCAGGUCCGCCGAGGUGCAGGAGAUCGAGACCCUCCGAAAGGAGAUGGCCGCGGCCGCGACCGCCGCGGCGGGGGCCGUCGCCGAAGUGGAGGACGCGCUGUCCGUCCAGGUGACGGUCGACGGGCUGAGCUACGCCCAGGUGGUGACAGAUGUGGCGGCCCGGGGGGCCUUCGAGGACGUCGUGAAGAGGAAGAUAGCGAACGGCAUCGGGCGUGGCGUCGAGCCCAGCUGCAUCGACGUGCAGCUCCUGCCCGGGUCCCUGGUCGUGGUCGCCACGGUGCGGCUUCCCGCGGGCGUCUCGCCUGCCGAGGCCGAAGGCCACUUCGCCGAGGGCGCGGAGGCGUUCGGCAAGGACCUCGCCGACGAGCUCGCGGCGCGGCCGGCGCUGGCGCGGGCCACCCGCGGCGCCAUCGUGGUCUCCAGCGCCGGCGCGGCCGCGCGCCCCGGCCGCGAGAGCCGGGCCGCCGCGCAGGCCGAGCUGGAGUGCCUGAAGCAAGCGGCCGCCGCGGAGCGCACGCGAGCGGACAGGCUGCAGCACGAGCUGGACAGGGCGUGCCGCCUCGGGGACCACCCGCCGAGGCAGCUGCCGGCGGUGCCGGCGAAGGGGAGCUCCGUGGUGCCGUCCGAGGGGAUGUCUGUCGCCGAGUCCCUGAUGUCCGACGACAGCUUCCACCCGCUCGCAAGCGCUGACCUUCUCAAGGUCGCGCGCGGCUCGGGCGAGUCGCGGGCGCGCGUCGGCGGGCGCCUGGCCGCGGGCGCGCGUCGGCGGAGGGGCCUCGCGGGCGUCGCAGGUGCGAUGCGCGGGGACGGGCCGCGGGCGUGGCCCCCGGGCGCGUGCGGACCGCAGGCUGGCCGCGUGCGGGUCGGGUUGGCCGCGGGCGCGGGCCUGGCGCGCGUGGGUCGCAGAGGCGGGUCGCAGGUGCGGCCUGCGUGCCCGGGUCGCGGGCGCGGGGCCGCGAGCAGAGGCAAGGUCCUGGCUGCCGGCUUCGAGAGGCUGGAGCUCAUCCUCUCUGAGAAGGACAACCCGCGAGCUGGCUGGUGCCUGGUCAUGAUUGGGGACGGCGAACACAUCGUCGUUGUUGUGCGUUGGGCCGCCCCCUGGGAGUUAGCCCGCUUCCAAGUGACCAGCGGCUGCGAGGACACUGCGCUACUGAUGGCCGCCAGGGGGCGCGCGCAGGGCACCGCGACCUUCUACGCGGAGAAGCGGGCGUCCGAGCUGAAGUUUCCCUGCGGGCCCGCCCAGUACAGAGGAGGGGUUCGUGCCGCCGGCGGCGGCCCCUGGGCCGCCGGCAAGGGCGGGCGCAGCGCUGCUGGCGCCGCCCACCAAGGAGCCGCGGCAGAGGUCCAGCAGCCGCGCUGGUACGGCAGCCUCGCCCCGAGCGGGCGCGGCCGCGGCGCCGCCUGUGCUGGCAGCAGCGCCCACGCCGGCAGCGGCGUCGUCGGCCAGGCGACGAACCGACAGGCAAACUCUGAAUAUCUGCUCGCAGUGGUUGCGCCAGGGGCGCUGGAGCUCCCGGUGGUCGAGGCCGGGCCCGCCCGACGGGACAGGAUGUCUGUCGCCGAGUCCCUGAUGUCCGACGACAGCUUCCACCCGCUCGCAAGCGCUGACCUUCUCAAGGCUGGUGCGGUGCGCGGGGACGGGCCGCGGGCGUGGCCCCCGGGCGCGUGCGGACCGCAGGCUGGCCGCGUGCGGGUCGGGUCGGCCGCGGGCGCGGGCCUGGCGCGCGUGACGUCGCAGAGGCGGGUCGCAGGCGCGGCCUGCGUGCCCGGGUCGCGGGCGCGGGGCCGCGAGCAGAGGUCGGCGCGGGCGCGGGAGGCGGGCCGCGGGCGCCGGCCACGGGCUCGGGGCGCGGGCGGUGGUCGCGGGCUCGCGGCGGGUUCGCGGUUCCCGUGGGCGGGCCGCGAGCCGGAGGAUGAGCAGGCAACGGACGGACGGGUGAAUGCGUACUGGGGCAAUCCUAGGGGCUUCGGAGCUGGGUGCCCGAACGACACCGUAGGUCACUAUGACACUGACGUGUUGUUCUUCGUUCUCUCGAAGCUCUAUCACCGCAUCUCCCACGACCACCAGUUUGAGAAGGGGGCGGGCGCAGCGCUGCUGGCGCCGCCCACCAAGGAGCCGCGGCAGAGGUCCAGCAGCCGCGCUGGUACGGCAGCCUCGCCCCGAGCGGGCGCGGCCGCGGCGCCGCCGGUGCUGGCAGCAGCGCCCACGCCGGCAGCGGCGUCGUCGGUGGCCGACGCCGAGGACGUGCCCAUCCUGCAGGUGCCCGCGGUCGCGCUGGUAUCCCCCACGGCCUCGUUCGGCGGCGAGGAGGAGGCCGAGGAGGUCGAGUACACGAGGUCGAUGGCGCCGCCGGUCGAGGUGGCCUGGCAGCCGCAGGCCUCCGACGUGGCGUCUCCCACGGCGUCCUCGGUCCUGGAGAGCUGCAUUGGCCCCGAGGAGCAGUUUCAGCUGGUGGUGGUCCAGGAAGAGACCAGCUGCGCGCUGCACCAGGGGGUCAGCAGGGCCGCCCAGGAGAGCAUGACUUUCGCAGCGAGGCCGUGGAUAUCAACGACGACCUCUCCGCAACCGACCUAA